AUGGAAAUCAAAGAGAAUGGAGAGGACAUGUUGCAUUGCAGUGAAGGAUUGACGGCAGUUGUGGAUAGGCUUGAUAUGAAUAAUAUGCAAGAUGUGAUUUGGGCAUAUAAGCAUAUUGACAGUGUAUACAGGCAUUCUAAAGCUGACUUUGGCAAGAUUGUUGGAAUGCUGACAAUGCAGAAAGGAAUUGAUUUCAACACAGGCCUGAUGAUUUUGGAGGAGAUUGGGAAUGUGAUGCAUGCAUGCUUUGGAAAGAAUGUAAUUGAUGAGGAGAUUAUGUUUGUGAUUGAUAAAUGCGGAGUGGAUCUUGGAGAUAGGGGCAAUAUGCCACUUGAAUGGUGUGCAGAUUAUGUUUACAAGCUUGUAUUACCGCUGUCGAGGCUCUUUACUAAGCAGGUUGUUGACAUAGUUGCAUUUCUAUUUACUAGGACUACUGUUGCACAAUUUGAUGAUUUAUUUGAGAUAUUUACAGGCAAGAAGGAUGUUCUGGCAGAGUUACAUCUUUUGAAGGUACGACUGAUGAGAGAGAGAAGUGCAAAAUACAUAUGCACGAAAUGCAGAGCACAGAGAAUGGAAAGUGAUGCAAUUGAAGAUUACAUAAAGGCAUUGAAGAUAUCUGGCAAUAACACAGCAACUAAUGUUGAGAACGAUGUCAUGCGUGUUAAUGAAUCUGAAAUUGAAAGUGAUAAAGAACAAAUAGUUAGAACUGAUUUUUAUGCAAUGGAUGAGUUUGAGAGAUGCAAGUCAAUGAGUGUGGAAAAGCAGCCUGAUGGGCUGGAGCUCUGCCAGGACAGGCCUUUUUCUGAGGAUUCUCAUGAAGAGAGUAGUAGCAAGGUUGAAGAUGCGCAAGAGUGUUUGAGUGAUUGCAAGCAGACGAUAGUUAAUGAUUUUAAAGAUAGUUUGGAACUCACAAGCCAUGGAUCUGGCACAUUGAUUGUGAAUGCAGAGUGUAAAUGCAAAGCAUAUGAUCAAUCGGAAGAGCGCCGUUGCCUAGAUGAAGCAAAAAAGUAUCUUCUGGAGAUUGAAUUGGCAUCAGCAAAGUUUUUUAUUGAGAAUGCAGCAUUGUAUCUUGCUUUUACAUUCGACAAGGACCUGCUUGAUAUGUUUAGCAAAUAUAUUAACACUGAAUAUCGAGGAGUGUGUGCGAUGAAUCUUUUUAGAAUGAAGACGGUGGAGGCCAGUGUUUUAGAGCAGAUGGUUUGUAAGAUGAGCGAUAUGAGGAAGGAGAUACUGAUGGCUGAGAGUCUUGUUGUUUCUUUGGCUACUGCAAAGAUGUAUGUUGCAUGGUGUGCUGAGACAUUUGAAUCGAUAUCGACGCAGUCGAUGAAUGAUUAUUUGGAAAUCAGCAAACUGUAUGCACGGUUUCUAAGGGUGUUUAGGCAUAGAAAGAUGUUUUUUGUAUUUGAUGGAAUAUGUGGAAGCCGAGUUGAGAGAAUAAGCAGCUCGGUGGGGAAGCAUCUUGCGAAUGAUCUGAAGGAGAUAAUUGAGAUGAUUCUGAGUUUGUAUGAAAGUAACAAUGAGAUAGAUGAUGGUGUUGAUAAGUUGAAGAGCUGUAUUAUUAUAGAUGAUGAACAGUGUGAGGGUGUAGUUAAUGGUGCAUGUGCUUCUGAUGAUCUGAAUUGCAAUGUAGCACAUCAAGAAGCACAUUGCAGUAAGUGCAAUGAAAAUAAUGAAGAAGAAAUAAUUUUUGAAGGGAUAAAAUGCAAUGAAGCAUCUGAGGCAUUUGUAAGAGACAAGCUGAAGGAAAGGAUUCUGGAGAUAUGCAAGUGCGAUAAGAAGGUGUUUUUAUCGCAGAUAGGAGUUAUUGAAAACUUUGAUGAGGAAUUCCGAACAAGAGUGAUUAAGGUAUUGUGUAGUAAUUAUGAUGAGGAUUGGCGAUAUAGAAGGGCAUUGUUACAUUGUUGUAAGAUGCAUCCUUUGAUAUUUAAGGAUAGUGGGAUAGUUGAGUUGUUUGCCAAGGAUCGAGUUUUUGCUGUCAGAAGGACUGCAUUGGAUAUGAAGCAAGAAGAAGAUGAAGUAGAAGCGAGGCGUGUGAGUGCCAUUCAAGAGCAAAGUGAAAAGCUAUGA